GGGUGUACACAAAUGUCAAAUUUAAAAAGGGAAGUUCUGAUUUUUGUAUUGUUUUGGAUUAAAUACAAUUUUAAAAAAUGAAGAAGAUGCAUAGUAAGAAAUCAUAUAUUUAUGUCAACUGUGAAUACGGAUUCGAGCAUAGUAUAUUGAUUCCUUGUGAGGAUCCAGUUAACGAAUUAGUAUAUAUUCUAAUAAUUAGACAUAACCUACCCAUUUAUGUAGAAAAGGAAUUAACUGAAGAUAUACAAAAAUUCAUUAAAGAACGUAGUACUGAGUAUUUUAAUGAAGAAACUUCGAAAUUAAUUACUGAUGCAAAAGAAAAUAUAAUUAACCUUGAGGAUAUAACUAAGGAAUGGGAAAACAUAUUAAAAGAAGAGAUGGCAGAAUAUGGAGAAUGUAGAUGUGCCUCAGAUGAUGAAUUGUUUGCUACAGCUUACCACAAAAUGGUACAUUCCCCAGCUUUGGAAACAAUGCUCCAAUUAGAGCAUAUGUACUCUAAAACUGUGAGGCAAAAAACUGAAGAAAAAAAGAGAUUAAUACAGGAAUUAUCGGAACGUCAAAGUUAUGAAAUGAAUAAUGCUGUUGAUAGAUUAGAUAAAGAUAUGACUGAAAGCAAAAUAAAUGAAUUGGUAGCAAGGCAUUAUGAAACUCAUUCCCUACUUCAAGCUAAAUUGAAUAGUGAAUUGGAUACGUUGAAAGAAGCUCAAAGAAGAGAAUAUAGGGAGUGGUUGAUGCAAAUGCUUGAACAGAAACAAACGAAUAGUUCUUUACCUACACCAAAUUCUCCUUUGGUACCACCAGAAAUAUUAAUGCCAUGUUACAGAAUAGACAGAGAUAUACAAGAUACUCCAAUAUUAGAAGAAAGUUUCACUAUACAUUUAGGUUCACAACUCAAACAGAUGCACAAUAUCAGAAUUUUAUCAGGAAAUGUAAUGGAUUUGUGUAUAGUAGAGGAUAAUAAACAAUCAACAGAGCCAACACCUCAGUUACUCCAAACAGCUCUAGCGCUUUACUCCAAUGAUUUAUCUGGUCUUGUACUGUUAGCAGAUAACAAAAUAGGCUCUAGAUGGACACAAGAAUUCCAAGAAGUUUGUCAGAAAUCUACAGAGUUUCACUUUCCACAUAUUGAAGAUCAAUUAGACAAAAUUUCUAACAUAGCACAAAAAUAUCUGAAAAGUGACCACAGAUGUGGCAGUCGCAAUGCUAACAGUGAACUUCUGCAGCCUGGCGACUUCUAUAUAACAAGACAUUCUAAUUUAGCACAAGUACAUGUUAUAUUUCAUAUGGUAUCAGAUGACAGUUUAAGAGGGAACGACAUAAACAGUAGACAUUCUGUUGUACUCGGUUUAAGAAAUAUUCUCAAAACUGCAUGUUCAAAUGAUAUUACUUCACUGACGAUUCCUUUGUUAUUACAGUAUGAAAUGACUGAAGAAAUGACAAUAUCUUGGUGUGAAAAACGUGCUGAAUUAGUUUUCAAAUGUGUGAAAGGUUUUAUGAUAGAGAUGGCUUCGUGGGGUGGAUCAGAUUUAAAAAAUCUACAAUUUAUGGUACCUCAAGGUAUUUCUAAUCAAGUAUUCCAAUCCCUUACAGAGAUGUUGCCUAGAAUUUUCAAAGUAUCUAAUCCAAAAAUAUUACAAUAGAAGUAAUUAAGUAUUAUGUAUUUUAUUUUUAAAUGUGUCUCAUUUAAAAAUGUCCAUCAGAUAAUUUCCGAUAUUAUUUUAAUCAUUUAGAUUUUUUUAAGUAUAAUGAGUAUAUAUUGAAAUGAAACUUAUUUAUAAAAUAUAUUUAUAGUUACAUAUAUAUAUAUAUAUAUAUACAUAUACAUAUAUAUUAUACAUAUAUACAUAUAUACAUACAUAUACAUUAUAGUUACAUAUUUUGACACCCAGUAUUUUAAAUUAAUUAUUGGAAAUUCUAGAUGCUUUUUUAUUUCUUUUAUUAACUCACAUAUUUCUAUCUAGUCUAUAAGAUAUCUAGUAGUGUCAACAUUAGAGAUUGUCCUGCAUCUAUUGGAACUUAACAAAGACAUUAUAACAUAGAGACAUAAAGUUUUAAUCAUAAUUCCCAUAAAACUCUGGAUUGUUGUUUUAAAAUUAUUAAUGUAGGGGUGAAUUUACCAGCAGGCUGUAGCUUAUGGCAACAGUUUUCAAAGGGCAUCCAAUUUUGUUGAAAUUUUUUUUUAUUUUUAUAUACAAAAUGGAAACAAAAUAUUAUUCACGUGGAGUUUUGUAAUUUUCAAUUAAAUAAAAGUAAUUUAAUACAAUGCAUUUGCAAUAUGCAGUUGAACAUCGUAACUCCGGACUUCUAAAACGUGGAAUAUCUAAAAUCCGGACUGAUUCGUUGAUUUGUAGUUUUUUGAAACUAGAUAGAGACACCAUACUAACUAUAGCAUAAAGAAUCAGAAUUUUACAGAUUUACUAAAGUGCCGCGCGAUAAAUAUUAAAAAAAUAUUCCAGUUAAAGAUCUGAUAUGCAUUUUUUCCCCUUUCUAGUUAUAAUUUGUUUUUUAUUUAUUGUUUCCUUACUAUUAAUUUUAUCUUAACUGUUGUUUAUGAAGUAUUUAAUCUUAUUAUUAUUUUAUAAGUGUGUUUUUGUGAAUUUAAUUAUAUUUUAUGCAUACCUUUUCGUCUAUUUUCAUUAUUAUAUAAUGUGAUAUGAUUUCUCGUUAGCGCGAUAGAUGGCGCCACAAUAAAAUUUAGUUUUUUCAACAAUUCCUUAAUUUUAGUUUUUCACUGAUAAUUACUAUAAUUUUUCCUUCAUCCUCUAAAUAAUAUUAAAUCUAGUUACUCAAUCCAAUAGUGAUUCAGUAUCGAUAAACGAAUUAGCAAAUUCAAUUUCAAAGAAUUUUUUAUUUAUCUUAGUCCUAAAAUUAUUAAGUUGAAUUUUCUUGAUCAAAAAUUCAAUUCAAAUAAUUAUAAACUAAGGUAUCGAGCAGAGCUGUGGUACAAGCCAUAAAGGCCGAAAUGGCGUGCUCUAGGCUAGUGCUGAAGUGCAAGGAAGUCCUACAAGAACUGGUGGGUGAUAGCUGCAAGAUCAAGCGCGUUUUAGCACUCGGGCAAUCAGGGAAAUGACGAAGCUUAAUUAUUUUCCAGAUUGGAAUUGGAAAAUCCACCAAUAAACUAUAUAUGAAGCUAUUCUUAGUGUUGCCAAAAGUGUUUCAAUUACGUCUCUCACUGGUCUGCCUGCAAGACAAGCUCUGCUGAGAUUUGUAGAGACACCUAACAUCAGACAAGCCUCUCAUAAUUUACCUAAUGACGUCAAAAGGUUCAAGUGAAAUCAUUUGAUUGGCUUUUCGAAGGCCUUAGUGGGUCACAACGGACCUACUAUGAACAUUGAAAGUAUUCAGUAGUAACUUAUAAGAAUAUUAUCACAUUGAAAGGAGUGUCUACACCACUGGUUGAAAGAAAAACAUUACAAAUGUUAACAAGUUGGUAUCUUAGUUGGAAUGUUGUCUUUUAGGACAUUUUAAUUGGUGUUGCUUUUUUGAACAUAUUUAUUUUCAUUGUGUAAUUAACUGGAGGAUUAUGAAUAAAUGAUA